AUGGGAGAUUCAGUAGAAGAAGAACCGGAAUGGAAGAAAACUUUGCCGCCGGGCUACAUGUUUGCCCCCUUCGAUAAAGAGAUUUUCAAGUGUUAUCUUCUUCCUAAGGUGAAAGGAGAGUAUUUUCACCCUCAAGUAAUCCCAGAAUUUGAUAUCUAUCAGUGCCAACCGUCUCAACUUCCAGGGUUGGACCCUAAACAGGCAUUCUCCUACUUUUUUACGAAGACAGAUAAAAAGCACCAAAAUGGAAAGAGGCUGAAUAGAUUCACCAAAGAUAAAAAAGGUCACUGGAGAAUUACCAGCAAAAUCCAAGAAGUCACGGAGGAGGAUGGCAAAACUGUUAUUGGCAGAAAGAAUGUCCUAGUUUACAUGUAUGAAAAUAAAAUCAAGACAAAUUGGAUAAUGCAUGAGUACAUGUUAGACCACAAUUACGCAAACAAAAACGAGGGCGACAAGUUGGAUACAUCAGUGGUAGUAUGCAGAAUUUAUGAAAGGAAAGGAAAAAACAAUUGUGAAAAUAAUAGUGAUGAAAGUGAGGUAAUAAGAGAUGUGGAACAAAAGCAUAAGAGAGGAUCAUCAUCAUCUUCACAAUCAGAUGAUCCUGGGGAGUCAAGCAGCAGAGACAAGAGGUGGAAGCAGCAUUGCAUAAAUAAUCAAACAUCAUUAAACAGUAAUCCAUUAGAUGUCCAACCUGCUGCAACAAUGAUGAUGCAGACCACCUAUUGGGAAGAACAACCUUUGCAGCCAUUAUCGGAUCAUAAAUUGGCAUCUAAUAAUAAUGGUUGUUAUCCAUUUGAUGUCCAACUGAAUAGCAUGCCGCAGCAACCUGCAACUUAUAGGGAUGAAUUACAGUUGCCCAAUUUCGAUCCUAUGAAAAAACUGAUCCCUCAGCCACCCAAGGAACCCAAUUUGAAUGUGGAGGAAAAAGAGGACGACGACAGUGAUUUUGAUUUUGAUACUGAUUCUUUUUUCCUUUAA